GCAGGAAGAACGUUCUCUCGCAGGGGCUCACACUGAUCCAAGUUAGGAGCUUUCAGCUGCCAGCCUUGGCCCAUCAUGUAAGUGCUGCGGAGAAUUCUUUGCAGUGCAAUUGCAAAAUUACCUCUUUUCCCGACGCCUGCGGAGCCUGUGCAAUUGUAACAGCGCUCCGUGCACGGACACGCACGCUCCGGACGCAAAAAGGCUCCAAGUGCAUGAAGAUCGAGGCUUGUAUUUUGCAUCUUUGUUGCAAAGCAAGCCGCUGAAGCUCCAGUGCGAGGGCGAUGGAGGGAGGGAGUGAGAAAGAAGGCAAAGUCUUUUGUGCUUCCCCUCCCCCUCAUCAAAGCAAAGGGGAAAUGUCUCAGCCAAAGGGAGGUAAGAGGAAGCCGUUGCUCAAGCUCCCCAAGGAGGUGUUUGAGCAGCCUCCUCCCGCCGCAGUACCCCCAAGAGAUUUGGAUUCAAAGGCUUGUGUAACCAUCGGAGAGAAGAACUUCGAGGUGAAGGCAGAUGACCUGGAGCAGAUCUGCGAGCUCGGCCGAGGAGCGUACGGCGUGGUGGAGAAGAUGAGGCACGUGCCCAGUGACCUGAUUAUGGCUGUGAAGCGGAUUCGGGCCACAGUGAACACUCAGGAGCAGAAGAGGCUGCUGAUGGACCUGGACAUCUCCAUGAGGACGGUGGACUGUUUCUACACAGUCACUUUCUACGGAGCGCUGUUCAGAGAGGGCGACGUCUGGAUCUGCAUGGAGCUGAUGGACACGUCCCUCGACAAGUUCUACAAGCAGGUGAUCGAGAAGGGCAUGACCAUCCCCGAGGACAUCCUGGGAAAGAUCGCCGUCUCAAUAGUAAAAGCUUUGGAGCAUCUGCACAGUAAUCUGCAAGUCAUACACAGAGAUGUGAAGCCCUCCAACGUGCUCAUCAACACUCAGGGCCAGGUGAAGAUGUGCGACUUUGGCAUCAGCGGCUACCUGGUCGACUCUGUGGCCAAAACCAUGGACGCUGGCUGCAAACCCUACAUGGCGCCGGAGCGGAUCAACCCGGAGACGAACCAGAAAGGCUACAACGUCAAGUCUGACAUCUGGAGUUUAGGAAUCACGAUGAUCGAGCUCGCCAUCCUGCGCUUCCCGUACGACUCGUGGGGGACGCCCUUCCAGCAGCUGAAGCAGGUGGUGGAAGAACCUUCGCCCCAGCUUCCUGCCGAACAGUUCUCCCCCGAGUUUGUGGACUUCAGCUCUCUGUGCUUAAAGAAAGUUUCCAAAGAGCGGCCGACUUACACAGAACUCAUGCAACAUCCCUUCUUCACCUCCCAUGAGGCCAAAGAAACCGACGUGGCUAGCUUUGUGAAAGUCAUCUUGGGGGACUGAGUCGCCGCACUUGCACAGGAGGGAGGGGAGAUCUGUCAUGAAGAGAAAAAAUACAACAAACUAACAAGAAGCACCAAUCGCAGCCCCCCCACCCAGUUACCUGCAGGACUCCCCCCUGCCUACUCUCACCCCUCCCUCCAGAAGGAGUCCAGAGGAGACGCUGACGGAGCAGAGCGAGGAGUCUGUCCCCGCCCCCACCUGGCCUCCAUGUCCUCUGUACAUGACCUGACACGGAGGGGUGGGGGAGACGGGUGCCUCACACAUAAUUUAAGAUGUCUGUAUGCAAAAACUCCCUCUUUGGUUAGAUGUGUCCCUCCUCUGUGCACCGCCUACUACUCAAACGUUGUUAGUGAGCGACCGUGAGGAGUUCGGCCUCGUCGCGGUCACACUCGAGGUUGUUUUGUUUUUUUCUUUUUGCUGAAAAACAGAAGUGAAAAGAGGUGCAGAUUAUAUAAAAAGAUGAAUGAUAUAAUGCUAUCUAUGUAUAAUCUAAAUGUUUGUAUACUCAAAGCAAAGUGUUGCAUCGGUUUAUUAAUUGACUGCAUGUACAGAAUAUAUCUGUGGGUGACACAGGCUCAGAUGAGGAGCAGUUGUAGAGACCUGCAGAUUUAAGGCCCUCCUGGUGGCCACACAUAGGUACUGCACUUCAACUGCUCUCCCUUGAUGACAGCAGAGGUCUACUACACGUUUUGGGCUCUGGCUGCCUGUGAGUGUGUGUCAGUGUGUGUGUGUCAGUGUGUGUGAGCUGGUGCAUGAUAUGUGUGUGUUUGUAGGGCUGCACUGGUUUGGGAUUAGAGUUGUGAUUGUUGCGCUCAGAGUCGAGAUGAUUUUCUCUGUUUGAUGAAAUGUUUCCUCUGCAGUCUCAUCGUGCCUGUGAUGUCAUCAGUUACAGUGACGCUGCUGUUGUGUAUGUGUUUUAUGGCAAAGCGGCAGGUGUCAGGUCAUUGGGGUACCUUCAUGUCCUUCUUGGUCGUAGCGUUUCAAUGCAGUAGUUUGUAUUUUGUCCUGUUCAACACAUGCAUGUGCUCAUCGUAUUGAAAUCUGAAACCGUCUCUCAACCGUUCCUUCCUGAGGUUUUUCCAAACCUUCGUAAAGUUUUUGCAGAACUCAGGUUGUAGACAUUAAUUUCCUUGAUUCUGACUCCUGUUCUGUAUCUUCUGCAGUUAUUUUUGUUACUGUAUUGACGUCCGGUGAAACAGGGUUCAAGAGCAAAAUUUCUUCCCGAAAUCGGUUCAGUCUGAUAGUUUCCGUAGCUUUGGAAUUGGUGUUGUGGUAGUUUAAGUUGCAAAUACUCGCUAACGUUUCCUUGAUCCUAACUAGGGAUGGGAACUGAUGAAAUUUAAUGAUGUCGUUAUCGUUACACUUCAUGAUUCCUGAUCAGUUUUCUGUGUAAAAAAAAAAAUAGGCCUACAAAAACAUGCCAGCAUAGAUAAAAGGAAUUAAGUUUGGAGACAUACCUCUCCGAAGGAUCGGACGAUCUAGAACUGGUUUUAACUGGACUCAGAUUUUGAUUCCCAUCUCUAACUCUUACAAUAACAGUGGUUUGGUUGAGUUCAUACAGAGCGACGUUUGUCACUGUGCGAAGUUUCAAACGAUACUUUCUGUGUUCACACGUCUGUGAGAGUCUGUGUGGGCCAUCGACACGCAACUUAAAAUUUGUAAAUAUAUGUACGGAGCGAAUUCUGCAACACACAUGAACACGUCUACCACUGCAGACGUCAAGCGUGCUGUAAACAGAGCUGUGUUGACCAUUUAAGACUCGGUCACACCAGCACCCGAGUUAAUCGCUCUCAGUCAUCACUUGUGACUCACUGUCAGUGUGAGGCGCUGUGUUGGCGAAUUUGCAUUUCCUAGGAUGGUGAAAGCGUGACCUGCCCUACUCUGCCUUGCUUUGCACGUGAUUGGCUUACCAUCAUGUUCAUACUUAAGCCAGUCCCGUUCCUCUCGCCAACCACCCAACCAAUGAAGGCAACGAGCACCAACUAGCCAAUCAGAGGGAGAGUGAGGCAGGUCAUGCCUGUGCUAUAAAAGGAAAUGCAGAUUCACAUUCAGGACGUUAAUAGGCGCUCAGGUGAGGUCUGGGCUCUAUAAAAGGGUAGGGAGUAGGUGCCAGACCGUAAGCAGCAGGGCUCCAAGAGACACAGAAAUGCACAUAUCACGAGGCGAAACGCCAAACGAGUCUGGUGUUGGCUUUUACUUCUACUUUCACUGGCGAUCGUGUUUACAAACCGUAACAGACAAUCCUGCAGUGUGUACCUUUAAAUAUGCACAUAUGUGCUAUGGACCCAUUUGCAAACUGGUUUGACGGCACCGCCCUUCAUACGAAUGGAGAGAACCAGGAAGAACAAAGUGUAGACUGUUGGCAUGACCUAGAAUGAGUUACUUUGCCAUGAGGAGACCCAAAUAAAUCGUGCUGUGUCACUCUGUGGUGUGAGCAGGGUAUGUUAGGCCGGGUUAUGAUGUCGUCCGCCGAGUGUUUACAGCUCUUUCAAACAAAAAACGACACUCACAGGUGGGACGAAAACCCUGCCGUCAUAAAGAUGAAUGAGACCAAGCAGUGACCUCUGAAGCUAAAGAAAAAUGAAGUCAGCACGAAAGUGCCAAAAACUGCAGUUCCCCUAAUGUCCACUUGAGGCUGGCUCCAAGAGUGAGUCAGUCCCCACAGACCUCAAAGUUAAAAUGUCCAACGUUACAGCAGAAAUAAACACGUUUACAGCACGGUACAAAAACAGUUUUGGUCUCUGUAACUAAUUACAACAUUCAUGACAACUGUACAUUGAAUUUUCAUAAAACUCACCUGUUAAGAGUGCGUUAAGGCUCCUCCACAGCUCCACCCUCUCAUCCAGAUAUGGUCACUUCUAGCUCCAAAAAACCAAGAUGGUGACGACUAAAACGUCGAACUCAAAGCUUCAGAAGUCACCACAAACCAGUGGGUGACGUCACAGUGGCUGCGUCCAUUAUUUUAUACAGUCAGUGGUUCAAAUUAAUAGUUACAGAUGUGCGGAGAACAAGAGCUUUGUUGUGUCGCUCUCUCAUGUUGUGGGUGCAACUUUAGGACAAAAGAAUACUUUGCACUUCUGUUUCCAAACAGGUGUGUAGGAGAAGGACGAGCAGAACACAACCUGUAGAAAAACUCUUGCACGCUGUUUUAUUCUGUCACCAGGGGUGUCAUUUAUAAACACUGUGUAGGAUCCAUACUCAAAAAAUACGUAUGGACAAAAGCCAAAAAUGGCGUACGUCAAAAAAUAUUUGUCAAUUUCUACAGUCAGGCUCCACCUCAUCAUCUGCGUCACCAAUUUCCCGUCUCCAAAAUGUUCGUAAGCGUGGGUCAAAGUUUCUCCCAUCAAGUCUGUUUUCAUAGAUCACAGCUUUUGCGUGGGAAGUGGCGUACGCCUCUUGAAGGCCUCGUUUUGUGCGUACGCAGUGUUUAUAAAUGAGAACUCGCAGCCGCUCUUUGUCACAGAACUGUUUGCCUGAUGAUCGUCCACGAACCAAAACGUCACAUGCGGGACUUUUUCUGCAACAGUGCAACUUUAGGGAACGUUAGAAGCUGUUAGUUAGGUGCAGCAGACGUCCUGCUAACGCAGAAACACGAGCGUAAUGAGACUGCACACGUAAACAAAACUGCAAUUUCAAUCUGACGAACGGUACAGCCCUACUGGACACAUUUUUAAUUGAGGUGUGUGUGUGUGUGUGUGUGUGUGUGU